AGACACACAGACAGGCAGCAGACACGGAGACACACACAGACAGGUGAGCAGCAGACAGACAGACAGGUGAGCAGCAGACAGACAGACAGGUGAGCAGCAGACAGGCUGACAGGCAGACAGACAGACAGACAGGCGCGCGGCAUGGCGGUGACGGUGAAGGCUUACCUGCUGGGGAAGGAGGAGGCGGUGAAGGAGAUCCGGCGCUUCGCGGUGGAGCCGGAAGUGUCCCGCAGCGUGGCGGCGCUGUGCGGGAGGGUGUCCGAGGUUUUCUGCGGCCUGAAGCCCGGAGCCUUCAGCCUCUACUACCGAGACGAGGACGGAGACCUGAUCGCCUUCAGCUCCGACGGCGAGCUGGAGCUCGGCCUCGCCGCCAUGAAGGACGCCACCUUCCGCCUGUACAUCCGAGAGAAGAAGGAGCACCGGCGGGAGUUUCCCCUCCACGCCUUCCCGGGCGGCGUCCCCCCCUUCGCCUUCCCCCCUCCCCCCCCCGGAGCGCCGCAGGGCCCGCCGCCCCCCCACCCCCCUCCCCUGGUCCACCCCAACGUGACGUGCGACGGCUGCGAGGGCGCCGUGGUCGGGACGCGCUUCAAGUGCACCGUGUGUCCCGACUACGACCUGUGCCCGCCCUGCCAGGCGCGGGGGCUGCACCGCGAACACGCCCUGCUGCCCAUCUGGCACCCGCUCAGCGCCAUGCAGUGGCUGCCCCGCGGGAAGUGGAUGAAGAAAAUGAGGCACUGCAUGUGGAACCAGAACCAGAACCAGAACCAAAACCAGGAGCAGAACCAGGAGCAGAACCAGGAGCAGGACGGUCCCAGAGCCUCGGGCUCCCAGCCCGGCCAGACUGCUGCCGACAGCAGCGCCCCCUCUGGUUGCCAGGCCAACGUGGCGUUCUUGAAGAACAUUGGCGAGGGCGUGGCGGCCAUGUUGAGUCCAUUAGGGAUUGACGUGGACAUCGACGUGGAGCACGAGGGCCAGAGGACCAAGGUGACGCCUGGCAACAAGGGGUCAGAGGUCGCCAGGGGGCCGGAGGUCGCCGGGGGGUCAGAGGUCGCCGGGGGGCCGGAGGUCGCCGGGGGGUCAGAGGUCUCCGGGGGGUCAGAGGGCGACAUGGAGACUGAUGGGCUGAGCAGCGUGGGCAGUGCCAAUGGGGGGGCAAAGGCCUGCAGGGACCCCGGCAGUGACGAGGAGUGGACGCACCUGAGCCCCCGAGAGGUCGACCCGUCCACCGGCGAGCUGCAGUCCCUGCAGCUGGAGGACCAGCAGGGGCCGGCGGGGGGCCAGCAGGGGCCGGGGGGCCAGCAGGGGCCGGCGGGGGGCCAGCAGGGGCCGGCGGGGGGCCAGCAGGGGCCGGCGGGGGGCCAGCAGGGGCCGGCGGGGGGCCAGCAGGGGCCGGCGGGGGGCCAGCAGGGGCCGCAGGGCCUGCGGGAGGCGGCUCUCUAUCCUCACCUGCCUCAAGAGGCCGACCCGCGGCUGGUGGAGUCUCUGGCCCAGAUGCUGUCGAUGGGCUUCUCGGACGAGGGCGGCUGGCUGACGCGCCUCCUGCAGGCCAAAGGCGGCGACAUCGGAGCGGCUCUGGACGCCAUCCAGUACGCCAAGACGCCGUGACGCCGCCGCGCCGUGUGACCGGCCAAUCGGCACGAGCGCUCGCUUCCCUGUGCAGUAACAUGUAACCAAACUGCGCUGUUCCAUAUACUGUCUCUGUUCUGAAACUGAUCUGGAGCCUGUUUCUACAUGUUUGAUCUUUCAGUUUAAUACGUUCAUAUUUCUGUCUAACAAGGUGGAGGUCUGCUGACAAACAAUAACAAAAACAUUAAUAACACAAAUAAAAUCAUCAAAUAUA